AUGAGUUCUUCGAACGAGUUCCAUGGAUGGCUAGGUCGCGACAACAAAGCCGCCGAGGGCAACAUGACCUGGUCGUCCUUCAAGCCCAAAUCUUUCAGUCCCAUUGACGUCGACAUCAAGAUCUCACAUUGUGGAAUCUGCGGAUCUGACAUCCACACUCUGCGCUCUGGAUGGGGCAAUACACGUUAUCCGGUCUGCGUUGGGCACGAAAUCGUCGGUCAUGUUGUACGCGUUGGCGAUCAAGUGAAACAUCUGAAGUUCGGGGAUAGAGUCGGUGUUGGUGCUCAAGCAUUCUCAUGUCUCGAGUGCGAAGAUUGCAAAGCUGGACUCGAACAGCACUGUGGCAAGAUGAUCGGCACUUACAACGGGAAGUAUCCAGAUGGGAGCUUCAGCAUGGGCGGCUAUGCAGAUUACGCGCGCGUUCCAGCACACUUUACGAUCAAAAUUCCUGCUGGUCUGAAAAGCGAGGAUGCAGCGCCGAUGAUGUGUGGUGGGAUCACAGUCUACUCACCCUUGAAGAAGAAUGGUGCAGGGCCGGGCAAGAGAGUAGGAAUCGUGGGUCUGGGAGGUCUCGGCCAUUUCGGUGUGUUGUUUGCAAAAGCCAUGGGCUGUGAGAAAGUCGUUGCUAUCUCGAGGCGGAGGAACAAGGAAAAGGAUGCGAGAACGAUGGGCGCAACUGACUACAUCGCCACUUCUGAGGAUGAGAAGUGGGCUCGUAAGCACUCGCAAUCCCUCGAUCUUAUCAUUUCGACCGUCAGCUCCCCGGACAUGCCAUUAGAAUCAUACCUGCGACUGCUGACGACCAACGGUACUUUCAUUCAGGUCGGCGCACCAGAAGACAAGCUACCAAGAUUCGGUGCUUACAGUCUCAUUCAAAAAGGUGUGAAGAUUGGUGGCAGUAACAUCGGCAGCCCGAAGGACAUCGAAGAGAUGCUCAACUUUGCUGCUGAGAAGGGUGUGAAGCCGUGGAUCGAACAACGCAACAUGAAAGACGCGAACAAGAGCGUGGUAGAUAUGGAGGAUGGAAAGGCGCGGUACAGGUAUGUGCUUGUCAACGCAGAUCAAGAGGGUCGUGCAAAAUUGUAG